UGCCGUACCGAAACGUUUCGGUCCAACUACGUGUACCGUUACACCCCUAAUAACACGUCAUAAACAAAAUAAAUAUUAAUGGACUGACCCAUUUGGAGUUAUUUGACAAAAUAUAAUUAAAACACGAUUCAGCUAUUUUAGGUCUUCAGAGAAGGACUUGACAUAUUUGUUUGUAGCUUACCAGGGAGACGUGCUUUAUCUGUUUGCUUCCUCUUCAUACUUUUCUUCAGCUCGGGCGACUUCGCCCUUCCAGCUCCAGAGCGGGUGUACAUGCGGCUUCGGACUUGUGGGACAGACACAGUGGAUAACUAUAGCGAGCAGCAAACUCUUACUAAGCUUAGCAAAGAUUGAACAAAAGCUGGGCCUGCGCACUAAGAAAAUGUAAGCAACCAAUCCAGUAGCGUUUAAUUUGUACGACAGUCCGUUUCGUAGUGGGGGGAUCAAAGUUGUCGAUAAUGAUUGGAGAUUAAAAUUGGCGGCAAAAGACUGGCGGCAAUAAAUUCAAACUGGUUGUAUGAAACUCAGGAAGGCGCUUUUAUUAACGUAAGAAAUGACCUUAGUUACCAGACUGCGGAGGCUCAUUUUUGCGGGCAAAUCUAAAAGAAAAGCCUUAAAACUGAUCAAAUGGAUGCAAAAAAAUCAUCUUUUAAGAAGGGAAAUGAAAUGCAGCAUCUGUCACAAGCGAAUGAAAUUGAAAAAAUGGAAGACAAAAGACCAUUAUGCUUGGAAAUGUCAGCGUGCUGUGCAUAGAGGAAAAACAAGGGUGAAAUCGAUUCGACACAAGUCUCUAUUCCAGCGUUCAAAAAUAUCCCUUUUUGAAUGGAUGCAGUUCAUAUACAGAUUUUCCCAAGGUUUGCGUCUACGGCAGAUUGAUAUGAUAGCAGAUAACAUAGCAGCAAGUUCUACCACUCUCACAAAAAUGGCAAAAAAACUACGCCAGGUCUGCAUUACUGCUGUUAAAAGAAUGAGGCGACACAAGGGACAAAUCAUUGGUGGACGACAUGAAUUUGUUGUGAUUGAUGAGAGUCACUUCCGACAUAAAAGAAAGUAUGGGAAAGGAAGAAUGGCGGGAGCAUGGAAGAGAAAGAUGUGGGUUUUUGGUAUGCUAGGAGUCCAGGGGCAGAGGAGUGGAAAGCCAGUUUUGAGACUUGUGAAGAAACGUACUCGCAGAGAACUUGUACCACUCAUUGCCCGCCACGUGAAACCCGGGUCCACUAUUAUGAGUGAUGAGUGGCGAGCAUAUCGCAUCCUUCCUGCUCUUGGGUACAAACACUUCACUGUUAAUCACAGUCAGUUUUACGUAAAUCCACAGAACGGUGCUCACACACAACAUAUAGAAAGGGCAUGGCGGACCUAUAAAGAGCAAGUAUGGAGGCUUCGGGGGAAUCAAACUGAAGAUAUGCUACGUGAUCAACUCUGUUUGAUUGAAUGGAAUGAAUGGCUUGCAAAAAAAUAUCACAGUGGUCCACUUGGACGGUUACUACACGACAUUAAGAAAGAGUACAAUUGAUCCACUUAAUGUUUUUUUUGUAAUGUAGGAAGGGCAGAUAUUGAUUUUUUUUUUUUUUUAAAGUUUGUUGAAAGUUUAAAAUGUUAUCCACAAUGUUGUUGUGAUGUGUUAGAGUUGUUAUAUGUUUGUGGCUUUGGUUAAUGUUAUAAAGGGCAUUCUUCAUAUUCUGUACUUUGCUUUUGUUUGUGGCAAAACAUAGCCCACACUUUAGGAGGCUGCAAAACACUCAAACUGUCAGUAAAGGUUCUCAUUCAUCCAGGUGGUGUAGUUUU